AAAACACCGAUUUUAGAAGAUCUUAAUCAUCCCAAAACCACAAAGUCUUAAUUGGUUUGAUCACACAAUGGCUGAUCAUGGUGUGAAGGACGCACUACUUAAAAGAGGAAAAGAACAUGAAGAUCAACCUCUUAUUUACCCACCAUCAAUCUGUGCAGACCAGCUUAGUUUGAAGCAAGUAUCAAUUAUCUUGGCUGUGUACCUAACCCUAGGCACCAUCUGUUUUUCACUCAUCCAGGAUCAGAUCAGUGGCAAGAAAACCAACAAAAUCCUGGAUGCCGUCUAUUUCUGUGUCAUCACAAUGACGGCUGCAGGAUAUGGCGAUGUAGGACCAGAAACCAAUUUGGCAAAGUCUUUAGCUUGUGUUUUUGUGUUUACAGGCAUGGCUCUUGGUGGCUUUGCUCUUAGCAAAGCAGCAGAUUACAUUGUCGGAAAGCAGGAAAUCUUGUUUGUAAAAGCGAUACACAUGCAUGAAACAUAUGGCCUGAAUGAGAUCCUCAAAGAAACCAAAACAAAUAAAGUCAAGUACAAGUUUCUUACAAUCCUGACACUUAUUCUCUUCCUCAUGACUAUCGGAACUUUAGUGUUGUCUCUUGUUGAAAAAUUGAGUUACUUUGAAGCUUUUUAUUGUGUUUGUGCUACGAUCACUACUCUGGGGUAUGGCGAUAAGAGUUUUUCGAGUGAAGGAGGGCGUUUGUUUGCCAUUUUCUGGAUCUUGAUUACUACCGUCUCUUUAGCACAACUAUUUGUUUACUUGGUUGAACUAUGGACCGAAAACAGACGGCAAGUGCUUGUACAUUGGGUAGUUAACAGGAAACUGACAAUCCAAGAUCUUGAGAAAGCUGAUCUUGACAAUGACAAAGUUGUGAGUGUUGCAGAAUAUAUUGUGUAUAAGCUGAGAGAGAUGGGAAAGGUGAGUGAUGAAGAUAUUGCUAUUGUGGUUGAAGGGUUUAAGAGUCUUGAUGUUGAUGACUCGGGAACGUUGACGGUUAACGAUAUAGAACUCAUGAAGUCGUUUGAAGUGUAGUCUCGACACAG